AUGGAUGCGUCUAGAGGAUUAGAUUCUACACACGAGGCAUGCUUUACAGAUGAUGCGUGGAUACGGGGGCACCAUAAGCAAGGAAAUUCCUCCUUGGUCUGUGCGCGCUGUGGCGUCACGUACAUGAGGCUGGGGUCUCUAGUCCGCCACACUCGACGUCACCAUAAGGACAGCAAAGUUGCGCAGAUACGUCUUGAGGACGGGUCCCUCCUUUUCCAUGACAUGGGUGACCGGGAGUUUCAAUGCCCACACUGCCCCCUGAAGAGCACACAAAGAGGUGGACUCAGCAGGCAUAUAAAGGCAGCCCAUGGGUAUUCCGAACAGGAGUCGCGCCGCAAUGCGCUAAAGUAUGCUUGUGAGGAAUCGUCGUCCCACUUAUUGGAGUGCCCCGCUUUGAGAGAGCUACGGAUUAGCUGCGGCCUAGAAGAGUUAUCUAGAGAGAAACAG